UCCCAGAAUGCUGCGAUGGACGCGGAAGGACGGUAACGCAGCUCAUGUGUGUCUCAGCCCUUUUCUUUUGACUGGUCGGUGGUACUAUCAACGUUGCCAAUCGCCUCCCCACCCCCGGCCUUAGGCACAAAGAAGCCAGUUUCACAUAGCUUUCGAGUUAUGCUUCCUCGGAAAAAAAAAUCCCCUGUUCGUAUGUUUCACUUAUCACCAAAUCCUUGUCCCGGAAAAGUGCCAUCGGUUAUAUUUAAUUGUGGCAAGCUGGCAUCCCUCUGCUGUGUAGGAAAACUACAUUAGAGAUAAGAAGGCCUUAGGAAGACAUGUCAGCUCUUUGGCCAAAGAAGCUUAUAAGAUAUUCCCCUGAGGCCGAAAUACACUCCAGCUCAGCCAUGAGAAAGAAGGCAACUGUGAGCAGCAUGCAUCGGUUUAAAACUGAGGACACAGACACACAGCAGUGGGACAGCAGGACAUCAGCAGUUGCAAGUGACGUAGAACAGGAUGACACAUCAAGCAGCGUGGUUUCACCAGAAACCGCAGCAGAAAGCCUUUCCCCGACUGCUAUCUUGACUAUAACAAAGCUUAGAUGCCAGCUCGAAAGCAAACAAGAACGGAUCAAUUAUCUUGAGAAACAGGUUGAAGAUCUCCAGCAAGAUCGUAAUUUUCUUCGUGCACAAAUUGAAAACUUAACAAGGAGUGCCAAGCAAUCAGAGGAAAGUAAACCAAGGAAAAGAUCAAGGACAGCUUCCAGCAGCUCUGCAUUUAGCAAUGACAGUGGUUCGGACAUAUCUUUUACAUCCGUAUCAUCAGGCACUUCGAGUGAAGCAAAGAAGAGAAGGCAUCAUAAAGAUAAAAGACGGGGAAAAAAGUCAAAAGACUAUAGCAGAAAAAGAGCCACUGGUGUGCAGUAUGUUAUUCAUCGAUACAAGCAAGUGUUAUCAACUUUCAACAAAAAGAAAAGCAUGAGCGGAGCUUUUCGGCAUUAUGGUAUUGAUAGAAACACCAUAGCCAAUACUGCACCGAUAGCAGAACUGCAUCUUGCCGCUAAGGAAAUGCUGGGUGUGGUUGGACUGUUCAAUCCACGAGAAGAAACUCUGGUGAAAUAUGCACAAAAAUGUGCCAAUCUCAUAGAAAGUGAUGAGAACUUAUCCCGUAAAAUUGAGUUAAUGAAAGCUACUGGAGAACUGUUACCCAUAACAGCCAAAAAACCCAAAAUGCACUGUAUGAUGUAAAGCAGAAGAAAAGGAUUAUUGAAAUCUGUAAGACUAUCCCUUUAUGCAUCUACAGUAUACAUUUUUUAGACGUUUUGAAACAAAGGAGGAGAAGAAAUUGAAAGACUUUAUGACUUUUAUUUCUUUCCCCUAAUGUCUAUCUUUUUUGUCCCUUUAACUUUACAUAAUGCCUUUCUUGGGAACAUAGUAUUGUUGAAAAGAACCACCAGCUCAAAAAGCAGAAAAGCGGAUUUAUUAAAGAAAUUAAUUUUAAUAUGGUUUCAUAUCACCUAAUGAGAUAAUGUAGAAUAGUCAUGGAUGGCCCCACAGUCCACAUUUUUUUAUCAUGUUAAAUAAUGAAAGAACAAUGAUUGUGAGUAUUAAACAGUUUUUCUGAAGAAAACA